CCCAAAAUUACGGAAACGAGGCGACCGACAGACACGACAAAUGUCUUUAUUUGUGUGCAGGGUCAGAGGACAUGUAAAUUUACAAUAUUAGGAUACCUUGAGAUUUUUCUGCUAUCAUCAUCUGCAAAAUGUCCAGCACAAACCAUUCACCACUAGAUUUUUAUAGACGCCAAGCAUCGUGCACUGUCAAAGAGCUGCAGCGCCAUUUUGAUGAUGAGAAAUGUUUGGAAAUGCGUAGAAAAAUAUGGGACACCUUGGAAAAAGACCCAUUAUUCCAGACUACAGAAGCUGAAAUAACUGAACAAAUGGAUCUUGAUGAGUGUAGGCGAUUAGCACAUAUGAGAGCCAAGAGAAUUUGUGGAUACCAGUUUGUUGAUUUAGAAACAUUCUUGGAGUACCCACUUGUUGGUGCAGCCCUGCAAAGUUCGAUUGGAAUGUUCAACCGAGAUUGCCUAACAAGUUAUCUUAUUCAUUUGACUAUGUUUGGAAAUACAAUUAAAGCAACAACGUCAAACCAUGAGCUCCUAGAAAUAGCAGACAAAGCAGAUAGAAUGGAGGUUUUUGGCUGUUAUGCCUUGACAGAAAUCAGCCAUGGCUCCAACACCAAGGGGAUGCGAACAACAGCUACAUAUGACCCUCUAACUCAAGAAUUUAUUCUACAUACACCUGAUUUUGAAGCAGUAAAGUGUUGGUCAGGCCAUUUGGCACACACAGCAUCUCAUGCUGUCACAUUUGCAAAGCUCUACACCCCAGAUGGAAUUUGUCAUGGCUUGCACAGCUUUGUUGUUCAAAUUAGAGACCUAGAAACAUGGGAAACCUUACCUGGCAUUACUGUUGGUGAUAUGGGAAAGAAGCUUGGCCUUAAUGGAUUAGAUAAUGGAUUUAUGCGAUUCAACAAUGCCAGAAUUCCUCGAACUUAUCUUCUAAAUAAGAAUGCAGAUGUAACUCCAGAUGGAAAAUAUGUAACCAGUGUCAAAGAUGAUAAGAAGCGAUUCAGUGCAACUCUUGGUACUUUGCCAAGGGGAAGAGUUAGUAUACUUGGUGUUGGGGUAUCCAAUCUGAAAUGUGCUCUCACAAUAGCAAUAAGAUAUUCUGCAGCUCGUAAACAAUUUGGUCCAAACAAAAAUGAAGAAAUCCCAGUUUUAGAAUACCAAAUGCAGCAAUGGAGACUCAUCCCCUUUGUUGCCACCAUAUUUGCGCUUGACAAUUACUACCAAUCCUUAUUCAUUGAUUGUUUUAAAAUGGAAACAAGUCUCAUGUUUGGAGAAAAAGGAGAAAGGCUGCAUCAUUUGGGUCGCGAAAUUCAUGCUCUAUCGUGUUCCGGCAAGCCGCUUGGUUCAUGGAUGGCUCAGCGAGCGAUUCAAGAGUGUCGUGAAGCUUGUGGAGGCCAUGGAUACUUAGCAGUAAGCCGCUUUGGGUAUCUACGUGAUUCAAACGAUCCAAAUUGUACAUAUGAAGGGGAUAACAACAUGCUUCUUGGUCAAACAAGCAAUUACUUGAUAAGCAAAUUAAAAGACAUGAAAAAUGGACUGGACAUUUCAUCUCCGCUUGGGUCGGUAAAUUUCAUCCAACGACUUGACCACAUACUCAAAACAGGCUACACGUCGGACAUAACAACACCCCAAGGAAUAUUGCAGGCCUAUGACUGGCUUGUUUGUUAUUUGCUGGUUGAAAGUGAUAGAAAGCUUCGUGACCAGUUGCAAAGUGGAAAGGAUGAGUUCACAUCUCGAAACGACAGCCAAGUUUACUACAGUAGAACUUUGGCUUUGGCCUUCAUUGAGAAAGUGGUGAUAGAUAGUUUCUACCAAAAAGUGUUCCAAAGCAACAUAUCAGCAAAUAUUCGUGAUGUGUCUGAGCGUAUGUUCCGUCUGUACGGAUUAUGGAGUCUAGAAAAUCAUCUCUCCACUCUCUUCCAAGGUGGCUACUUUAAAAAUGGAGAAUACGCUAGGACUGUUCGUGAUACUGUUCUUCAGCUUUGUUCAGAGCUCAAACCUGAUGUUGUUACGCUGGUUGACAGUUUCGCGCCUCCUGACUGGGUUCUUCAGUCAGCGCUAGGACACAGUAAUGGCAUGCCACUGAAAAAUUUAUACGAAAAUUUUACAAAAGAUCCGAAGAAAAGUGAAAGAAUUUCAUGGUGGCGGGAUGUCCUGAAUCGUCCGGAGGAUUCACCUACAAAAAGCAAACUCUAAACACAUUGAUUUGCUUUGUAAAACGAUGAAAUAAAAUGGUGUAUUCUGUGAAGACAGUCUCGCUUCCACUCCUCAUCACAAGGAGGCAUUUUCAAUGAUUGAAUCUGAAUUUUAGGUUGUUCAUGUUUGAACUUUAAUUAGAAAUUAUGCGCUGCAGUAACAGUUAAACUUUAUCUGUAAGAUAUAUUUUACGAUUCAAACUGUUUUCCAAGGUUUUAUGUGAUCACAUGAAAGGACGA